GUGAACCAAUGAGUGGGGAGCAGCUCCACCGUGCUGUAAGCAGAAAUGAUCUAGACGAUGUUACUCGUAUUCUUCAAGGAAGGCAAGUUGUGGUAGAUACACUCAAUAAACUAGGACUUACAGCUUUGAUGGUUGCUUCACAAAAAGGAUAUACAAGUCUUGUACAGUUUUUGGUAGGAAAAGGAGCAGAUGUGAACAUGAAAAAUUCCAGUGGAAAAGACAGUUUAAUGAUAGCUUGUUUUGCUGGUCACUUGGAUAUUAUCCAGUAUCUCAGAUCCCAAGGAGCUUCCUGGCUAUCCAGGGAUUUCGGGGGAUGUACAGCUAUGCAUUGGGCUACUGAUGGAGGACACUGUAAUGUUAUUGAAUGGAUGAUCCAGGAUGGUUGUGAGGUUGACCCUAAAGACUCUGGCUUGGAAUGGACUCCACUGUUGAGAUUAUGUGCAUUAACAGGAAAAACAGAUGUAGCCACACUUUUAAUAAACGCUGGAGCUAAUGUGAACAUAAAAGAUAAGGAUGGCAAGACACCUUUGAUG